CUACAUUCUUUCAUUCUCCUUAAAUUCUCCAUUAAUUAUUAAAACAAAGAACAGUUCCUCAACAAUUAUUUUAUACAUCAUAUUAAAAAAAAAAAAAUAGACAACUAUUUAAUAAAAUACUUUUUUUUUUUAAAAAAAAAAAACAAAUACCUAAUUUCCCAUAUAUAUAAAAAUAAAUUUUUAAAAUUAGUCCUUAACGGCGGAUUCUUGUUACACUAUAACGAAACUUCCUGGAAGCUGCCAUGGCGGAUCUCCCACUCUCUUCCCUUCCAUUUAAGUCGGCAUUUUCUCUCCUUCUCUUUCACCUCCAUUUUCUCUUCUUCUUCUCCAUUUUUCUCUUCUCUACCUUCCCCACUUUCGCCCAUGAUGAAAAUCCCCAAAAGAUUUAGCCCUAAACGACUCUUCCGAUCCAAAAAGCAUCAGUCCGCCGACGUAUCCCGCUCCGAUCCACCGUCUUUCGGCUCCGGUACCUCCUCCUCCUCUUCCUCUUCCGAGAACUUCUUCAAACCUAACUCCGUCAACACCGGUUACGGAACCCCGACUAGCGUUCUGGACUCCGACGUGAGGGAGAACGAAGGGGUUGUGACGAGGAAGGAAUUGGAGGCGAUUCUUAGCCGGAUCGCGUCAGAGGAAGAGGUCGCGAUGAUGUUGAGCGAAGUGGAUAGCGGGGGCGAUGGGUUUAUCCGGUUGGAGGAAUUGAUGGCUCGGGUCGGGUCAGGUGAAGCGGCGGGAGAAUCGGAGCUCCGAGAGACGUUUGAGUUUUUUGACGCCGAUCAGGAUGGGAGGAUAACGGCAGAGGAGCUUCACGGGGUUUUUAGAUCAAUCGGUGAUGAGCAGUGCACAUUAGAGGAUUGCCGGCGUAUGAUAAGGGAUGUGGAUGAGAACGGGGAUGGGUUUGUGUGUUUCGCGGAGUUUGUGCGUAUGAUGGAGCUGCAGAGAUGAACGAAUGAAUGAGUGUACGGCUCUUGAUACUUUUUUACGAUGGACGGCUAUGAUGGGAGGGGAUUGUGGUUUUUUUUUUUUUUUUUGGGUUUGAGUGUGUGCUAUGUGUAAUAGAUAUAGACACAUGAUAAAAAUUGUGGUUUGGACCGCUUUUGGCCUCUCGUAAACAGGGAUCCUCAAUUUUAUAUGAUUAAUGAAAUUAUUGAAUAUGAAGUAAA